GGAAACUUCAUGAUGGAUUACCUUUUUUGAAAAAAAAAAAGAGAGAAUAGGAGACCAAGGAGCUUCAGCCACAUUAGUCAUCUGCAAUUUUGUUAGAGGGAUGAAAGUUUUAUAUACAUCGAAGGAAGACUGUAGGCAAGAAGAAAAUGAAAUGGGUACAAGGGUGAAAGUCUUCGGACAACGACAGAAAUAGAAAAAGAAAGAAGGGACGGAGAAAUACAACUGCUCCAUCAUUAUCAACCGAGUAAGUUCUCCAAUAUGCAUGACCAACAAGAAUUAGCAUCUUAAUUCUUGACUGUUUUUCAUUAUUUCUGCAUUUUAAUCUUUCAUCCUCAGUCAUCUUCCACCUCCAAGCUUGUCAUUUUUCAGAGUUCCUUAAAAUUGCUCUCUUAUUACGACCGCUCCAUAUUAUCUCACCCUGUUUCACGAACAAGAAUGUCGAAGGAAGGUAUAAUUGAAGAAGUUCUUACUCCAUUGGUGAAGCAACUGGGGAACGCUAGGUGCCAAGCUCUCAAGUUCAAGGAGAAUGAUACACCCCCAGCGAUCAAGCCGCUUUUUGAGAGCAUUGAGAAAAAUGUGCAGGACGUGGAGGACAUCGUCCGAAGAGCAGAGAGAUGGGAGAAGGAUGUGAUAAAUAAUUUUGGUAUUGUCGCUCGCCAUGUUGAUGACAUCUUGGAAGAAGACAGCGAACCCCGCGCAUUCGAAUCCAAGCUCCGGAACGUCGAUAGGGAGAUCGCCAACUUAAGGGCCCUUCUGACUCCCCCACUCCAACUACCACAGAUUGAAUCAGCUCGUGCAGCAUCAACUCGUUCUGUUCCUUCUUUGUCUAAGGCCCUGCAAGCAUCAGAAAAGUGGCAGCAACUUGAGUUGGAGAAGAAAAUCCUGGAGAGUUCCGCCAUAUCCAGUCUUCAGGUGAGUUAUGACAACCUUGACGUCCAGUUAAAACUAUGCUUGCUUUGCUUCUCUGUCUUCCCAGAGAAUUCAAUCAUACGGAAAAGGCCUGUAAUUUACUGGUGGAUCGGGGAAGGCCUCGUAACUCCAACAAGAGACAACACAGCUGAGGAGAUUGGAGAGAGCUGCUUCAGAAAGCUAAUCAUGAAGGGCCUGAUUGAACCAGUUCAUAUGAAACGAAGCCCUAUCAUCAAAUUCUGCAAACUGCAUCCAUGGAUGCGAUGGAUGCUUAUUGCUGUUGCUAGAAGAGUGCAAUUCUUUGAUUUUGAUUCAGAAGGAAAUCCUACUUCAGAUGAUUCUUUAAGUCGUCGUGCUUGCUUGGUAACCAGGAAAGAAGGAGCACCCCAACAAAUGUCCAUCAGGGGCCUCUCAAAUCUUGGUGAGUUGCUGACACUGUUCAAUGUCGACGAGCACUACCUAAACUUUGAAAGGAGCCGGUUCUCUGAAAUGAGGAAGAUCACUGUGCUCCAACUAGGACGGUGGCAGAGCUUGCCCAAACAUCACAUUGAAGUAGAGAGCACCGAAUUCUUGAAAGGGUUGAGGUCUUUCAAGCACUUGAGGUAUCUUUCCUUCCAAGGCAUAUCCAGAAUCACAGAGCUUCCUGCUUCAAUCAGUGAGAUCUCCAAUCUCAGAAUCCUGGAUCUCAGAGCAUGUCACAACUUAGAAAGACUGACAGUGGGGAUCGCUUCUCUUCAGAAACUAACCCACUUGGAUCUGUCAGAGUGUCACUUGCUUGAACAGAUACCUAAGGGGAUCGCCUCGCUCUCAGAACUGGAGGUGUUAAAGGGAUUCGUCAUCGGUGAUGCGAGAAGCAAAGAUGCUUCUCGACUUAGGGAGUUAGCAAAACUGAAGAAACUGAGGAAGCUGAGUAUAAUCAUAGGGAGUAAGAUGACAGUCACAGAAGAGGAACUGAAUGAGCUGAGAAACUGUGAAGCCGUUCGCUCUCUAACGAUAACAUGGGUGGUAUCACCAUCUAAGAAGGGAACUGCAACGCUAACAAGGACCGCAACUAUGACGAUAACAUCUUUCUCCCUUCCGUCGAAUCUCGAAAAGCUAGACCUUCGAUGCUUUCCAGGUAAGACGGUGCCAGCUUGGUUGAGCCCUAACGGAUUGAGAAGCCUGAAGAAAUUGUACAUCAGGGGAGGUACACUGAGUAGUCUUGGUCCGGAAAUUCGCUCACCAACAUGGAAUGUGGAGGUGCUACGUUUAAAAUACUUGCGUGAUUUGGAGGUGGAAUGGUCUCAAAUACAGUCAAAUUUUCCAAAUUUGACUUACUUGGAGAUUGUUAAGUGUAGCAAGCUGAGAUCCUUCCCUUGUGAUGAAGAUGGAGUGUGGGUGAGCGUCGACAGAGAAAUAUCAGGCCACAGCACAAGCGGGAGCAACGGCAUUACCAUUUCAUAACCUUUAUUUCUAUAUACAAGCAUUUUGCUAUGUGAUCUGCAAUCGGUGUUGCAUUUUUAUCACGUAGAUCAAACUUUUGUUUUUUGAUUUUUGUAGUUGCACUAGAGUGCAAAAAAAAACUGUAUCGAGAAUAAAUCAUGCUAUUUUCAGUUAUCUAAAGUUCGCAUGGAAUGGCAUUGGUGUAUCCACACUCCCUAUGAUCAAUUUCAUGCAUCAUUCUAUAUUGUAAGGCGCAGUUUCCUGGGCUAAUGGGCCGGCCUGAACAGGCCAGGCCCAUCAGCCCUGUCGAUCAUGGUCGAUCGCGAUCGAUCGACCGAUCGUGAGAGAGUUGGAGAAUAAUUUCCAAUUCCCCGAUCGCGCCAAGCUCGGUGGAGGGGCUGACGCAGGGGGUGGCGAUGAGGCGGCCGCGGCCAAAGGAGGAUGAAGGAGCGGCACCGGCGGGCGAUCACGGCGAGGAGUCAAGGGUCACGAGGCUUUUCUUGCAGAACUCGGAGGCGAAGAGCGAGCCGCAGCGGUCCUACGCCGAGUUCUUCUUGGAUUUCCACCGGAAAGGUUCAUCAGAUCUUCGCCGGACUGAGGGGAAUGAUAUGCAGGACAGAGGAAUGGUCGAGCAAGGUUCUUGACACCGUGAGUUCUAAACGAGAUGUGGAUUGUGUGAGAAGUUGAGGUGUGGAUUGGUAGCAUUGUAGCUUGUUGGAUUGCGAUAAAGAUAAGGACCAUAUACUUGGUUACCAUUAUGUAUAUAUACAUGUUAUUGAUUUACACUACUGAAUUUGCAUCGUGAUUUAUAUUGAUAGAUUUGAUUUGGUA